UCCCUUUAAAGGAAAACAAAGGACCAACCCUUUCUUCCUUCUCUUCUUCUUCUUCUUCUUCUUCUUCUUCUUCUUCUCUCUCUGUCUCUCUGAAAAACCAUGGAGAUCCCACAAAAGCUGCUCAAGUUCAAGUACCCCAUUAUCUUUUCCCUCACCCUUUCCCUCACCCUUUCUUCCCUUGUCAUUCUGGCACCUUCUUUCCUCACCAUUUUGACCUACUUCUGGCCGCUCUUCCUCUCCACCGCCCUCUUCCUUGUAGCUGUCGUCUUCUUCGGCAAGACCUCUGCUCACACCGGCUCUGACUCUCCGGCAGCCAAGCCCGGUGAAGGCCUCCUUGACUAUGUUGCUGGCCAACCGGAACUCACCGUUGACAGUUACAAGUCUGAGUAGAAACUUUUCUCUUUGUCAUAGUGUAAUCUCUAACUCUCUCUCUCUCUCUUUUGCUGUAACUUCUCUUUUCCUUUCCCCCUUCUGUUCUCUCUGAACUGUACAUUUUGGGAGGAAGAACAGUAAUAAUAAUAAUUACUAGUUAGUGUUA